AAAAAGAAAUGAAAAGCGCGCAACAAACAAAUUAAAAGACACUCCACAAACGAUCCGAUUGAACAUACAAAACUGUUUAUUCGCGUUCAAUAAGUUGUUAUUCAUUUGUAUACAAACAUCAGAAACUUUGCCCUAUAAAGCUGCAGAAAGUUGAGCGAAAUAAAUUGACGCAGGCUGGGUGUUAAUUGGUAAACUUGUACAAAAAAGCUCCCGUGGACGUGGUCAGGGCGGAAAAUGUGCUAGACUGGGCCGAGCUGCGCGGAAAUGAUCAAUCAGGCAUCCACAGUUCAGACGGUCGGCGGUCGGUCGCCUAUGCCCAGUCCCCAGCUGUCGCACCGACAUAUCUCACAUGCCAACCCAAAGGAUGAAGGUGCUCGGAUUCCCGCUGCUCCAGCCGCAGCACCCGGCAGUGACGUCAUCACCGAUGUGGUUGGCAACUUUGGCAUCUGGCAGCUGCGCACCAUACUCAUCAUCUUCCUGUGCAAAAUACCCGCCGCCUGGUUCAUGGCCUGCAUCAUCUUCACAGCGCCGGAGCUGUAUCCGCGCACGGAGUUCACCUGCGACACCAGCUACCUGAACAGCAGCUCCAGCUCCAAUUACAGCAUCUCGGAUAACCAGUGCUAUGUGCUGGACGACAGCUCGGGCAGUCGCAGCGAGUGCGAGCAGUUCACGUACGUCUCCAGCUUCGACUCCCUGAUUAUGCAAUUCAAUCUGGUCUGUCUGCGCGACAUCUUCAUUGCCUGGACCCAGUACUGGCAUCUGUUCGGCGUGCUCGUUGGCGGCGUCAUGGGCACCAAGAUGAUGCUGGCCAUCAGUCCGCGCAGCACCUACUGUGUGGGCGCCAUCGCUCAGAUUCUGUGUGGCGUCGUCACUGGCUAUGCGAGGGACUUCAGCCUGCACUGCGCCUUCCGCUGCCUCUCGGCCGUCUGCUGUGCCAUUAUGUUUACCGCUGGACAGGCGAUAUUUACGGACAUUACGGCCGGCAUGCACCGCAUUGGCGCCAUCAUACUGUACGACACGUUCUGGUCCAUUGGCGUCAUCCUGCUGCCCACGCUGUCGUCGUUCUUCAGCAGCUGGUCCCUCAUCUAUGUGGGCAUAACGUUUCCCACGGUUAUGCUGAUUGUGCUGCUGUACUGGACACCCGAUUCGCCGCGCUGGCUGCUGCGGCACGCCAUAGAUCACCACUCCAUCGACAAUGUGGAGCAGAUGGUGCGCGAGGGCGCAGAGAUCAACGAUCGCUGCUUCAAGAUACCACCCGAUUUCCGGCAGCAGCUGGAGCAGCUCAGCGAGAGGCUGAAGACAGCGCCGGCGCCCGCACCCUGGACGCAGCUCUGGCAGGGCAGGCGGGCCAAGACGCACAUGGUCGCAGCUCACCUCGCGCUGGCGUUCUUCGUGAUCAACUUCAUGGGCAUGCUGCUGAACAUAAGGUCCUUUGGCCGCGACUACCUGGUGCCCAACACCAUAGCCAUGGGCUUCUCGGAGAUCAUUGGCUGCUUCCUGGCGCUGCACUUCACGCUGAAGCACAACAAAUGGAAGUGGCAGUGCGCAGGCACCUUCAAUAUACUCGCUGGCAUGCUGGGCUGCAUGGGUUGGCUCUUCACAGGUGCCGACUCCAUGAAUGCGGAGCUGAAGGUCUCGCUAUGGAUGAUCAUAGCGACGAUACCCAAGGCAGCAGUGUCCUGUGCCCAAUCCAUGCUCCUGGCCUGCAUGAACGAGCUGGUGCCGGCGAACAAGAAGCAGCUCUUCGUCUUCUCGGUGAUCACCUGGGCGCGCAUCUGGCUGCUCUCGGCGCCCUUCUUCAACGUACUCAAGCGCAUCGACACCGCCCUGUCGCUGACCUCCUACAGCGUCUUCAGCAUUCUGGGCGGCAUCUGCACCUGCCUCCUGCUCACGCCGCGCACCAGCACGGCGCCCGUGGUGGCGCAGCUGGAGCAAGAGGAGCAGCAGGACAAGAAGGAGCAGUCGCCCCUGAAUGCGCCCGUCUGGACCAUCGAGUCGGAUGUGCACAAUACGCGCCUAUAGAGCUCUGCCUGUGAGCUACCCCAACUCCUCUUGUAUUCUCUAUACUAACUAAGCUAAUAAAACUCAAUUCUCUGUGAUUAGUU